AUGAAGCGGCAAUGGGAUGUGAGACAGCAAGAUCAGUAUUUAAUGAUAAUGUGGGCACUCUCCUGCAUGAACUCACAAGUACAAGCACAUCUGAAGGGAGUCGGCAAUGAACCUGCCCAAUCCAUGAAGGAGCUGAAGGGAUUCCCACCUCUUGCAGCAGGGUAUAAUCAUGCAAUGGAAGCCCCAUCUUCACCUUCGUCUACCAUCACUGCCCCACCUGACUGUCGCAAAACCGCUUGGAGGUUAGCGAAAUUAAUUGUGGAGGCUACAUUCUGCGACUUUGCCCUUCUACACUAUGACAGCACCUCAAAGCCCAUGGUCCAAUGGUGGUGGCCUAUCGAUGGUGAUGGAAAGAAGAUUUUGCCAUUUAACCUGGAGAUCCACCGCAAAGAAUAUGAAUUGAAAUACCCAUGCUGCCUAUGCGCCGAUGGUAGGGGUAGGACUGCAUACAUAGAGUGCAUGGUGUACUUGUGGCGGAAUAAGGACACUGGGCAGUUCAAUUGGACUGCAAGGUCAGCAUUCUUCAUGCUCAAGAAAAUCACAACUGAAGAGUCGACCUCACCUAGUUAA